GUGGAAAACUACUUGGCUCAUCUGGGUUACUUGUUUGAUAUCUUAGGAGAGCAAGCUAUCUAUCUGCUCAUUGUUCCUGAAAGAGAAACUCAAAGAAGAAAACAGAAAGAAAUGACUGAAUCUCCAGUAACCAUGUCCCAGGGUCUGUUGACUUUCAAGGAUGUAUCUGUGGACUUCUCCCAAGAGGAGUGGCAAAGCCUGCACUCUGCUCAGAGGGCUUUGUACAUUGAUGUGAUGUUGGAGAAUUACAACAACUUGGUCUCUGUGGAGAACUAUUACAUGUGUGAUCCUGUCCAUCAACAUGGGAAGACUGAACAGGAGUCUUGUCAGUGUAAUCAGUUUGGGAAAAUUCUCCAUGACCCCUCCACAUGUGCACUUAUUCGAAUGAGUGAAAUUACAGAAAACUCUAAUGACUGUAGAUGCAGUAGUGCUGGAGAUGCCUCUCUUGACCUAUCAUACACAGAUAGACAUGAAAGUGUGCACAUAGGUGGAAAACCUUGCAAUUCUAAAGACUUUGAGAAACCCUUAAAUUUGAGUUCCAGCAGUACUCAAGAUCAGAGACUCUAUACUAAAAACAAAGAACACAGGGAAGGAGAAGAUGAUGAAUGUUUUGACACUACACAUACUCUUUUGCAACAAGCAAAUUACAUUGGAGAGAAACGGAACCAGUGUGGGAAAUGUAAGAAAUGCUUCAGCACUGCCUCAUACCUCACUGUGCAUCACAGAAUUCAUACAGGAGAGAAGCCUUACAGGUGUAAGGACUGUGACAAAUCCUUUAUUAUGAAGUCAAGUCUUACAAAACAUGAGAGAAUCCAUACAGGAGUGAAGCCUUACACAUGUAAGGAAUGUAACAAGUCCUUCAAUGCGAGUUCAAAGCUUAUAUUGCAUAAGAGAAUUCAUACAGGAACGAAGCCCUACAAAUGUAAGGACUGUGAAAAAUCCUACACUACGAGGUCAAAUCUUAUACUUCAUCACAGAAUUCAUACAGGAGAAAAGCCUUACACAUGUAAGGUCUGUGACAAAUCCUUUAUUAUGAAGUCAAAACUUAAACAGCAUCAGAGAAUUCAUACAGGAGAAAAGCCUUACAGAUGUAAGGAAUGUGACAAAUCCUUUACUAUGAAAUCAACUCUUACAGAACAUCAAAGAAUUCAUACAGGAGAGAAACCAUUCAUAUGUAAUUACUGUGACAAAUCCUUUACUGUGAGGUCAACUCUUAUAGUGCAUCAGAGAAUUCAUACAGGAGAAAAGCCUUACAAAUGCCAGGAAUGUGACAAAUCUUUUACUACAUGCACAUAUCUUGGUGAACAUCAGAAAAUGCAUACUGGAAAGAAAUCUUAUAAAUGUGAAGAAUGUGGCAAAUCUUUUACUACAAGCACAUAUCUUAGAAAACAUAAGAAAAUUCAUUCUGGAGAGAAGCCUUACAGAUGUGCAGAAUGUGACAAGUCCUUCGUCCAGAGUUCAAAUCUUAAAAAACAUCAGAGAGUACAUACUGGAGAGAAACUGUACAAACGUACGCUACAUGAGAAAUACUUUUCCUUCAAGAAAAAUCUUAGUACACAUCAGAGUCUAUACUGAAAAGAAAGUGAAAAAAUCUGGAAUGUGACAAAUCCUUUGCCUACAUAAAAUAUUUUAGUGCACCUCAGAGAGUUCACAAUGGAGAGACAAACACCACUGUAAAUAAUUUGAUAAAGCAUUUAUACAGUGUUCUUGAUUUAAAAAUCCCAGAUAUACAUAAUGGAAAGAUAAUGAUAAGGACCUUUUGAAAAUAUUUAUAUAAGUUUUAAAACGUAUAAAAUAACAGAGUUCAUACUGAAAUAUGGAGAGAUGGCUCAGAGGUUAAGAGCACUGCCUGCUCUUCCAGGGAUCCUGAGUUCAACUCCCAGCAACCACAUGGUGGCUCGCAACCA